AUGUGGUGUUAUAUCAAAUCAUUAUUCGGAUUUCAUCAACAACAACAAGACAACUGUCUUCUCUCUUCAAUGUAUGGACAGUCAUAUAUUACAGUCCCUUCUGAACUUGCAACAACAUUAACAUUUUCACAAUUAACCCUCCAACCUUCUCAACAAAAAAUUAAAAAGGAAAAAAUUACUUUGGACAAGGUGUAUAACGAAGCUAAACCACAAAACCCAACGAUUUCUCAACAAAUAAGACGAGUUGGAAAAAUAUUUGCUGUGUUAUCUGAAGACAGAAAAAAAGAUAUUUUAGAUUUAAUUAGUCCAUCCUCUACAGUGAUUAUAAGCAACCCUAGACUUAGAAUGAAAAUGAUUGAGAAAAGAAUUAACCAAAUGAAUAAACGCAUCAAACAACUUGAAGAAAUACAAAAAGGAAAAGAUGUUGAAACACAAAAAAUAAAACUAUAA